CAGAGGAGGCCGCGUCCUGGGAGCGUCCCCACCAUGGCCUGGACGGUGCUUCUGCUCGGGCUCCUCGCUCACAGCUCAGGUGUGGAUUCCCAGACUGCGGUGACCCAGGAGCCAUCACUCUCAGUGUCUUCAGGAGGGACAGUCACACUCACUUGUGGCCUUAGCUCUGGCUCAGUCACUAGUGGUAACUACCCCAGCUGGUACCAGCAGACCCCAGGCAAGGCUCCCCGCCAGCUCAUCUACAACACAAACAGCAGGCCCUCUGGGGUCCCUGAGCGCUUCUCCGGGUCCAUCUCUGGGAACAAGGCCGCCCUCACCAUCUCGGGGGCUCAGCCUGAGGACGAGGCCGACUAUUACUGUGCUCUGAAUACGGGUAGUAAUACUUACACAGCUGUGGUGACUCAGGAAGCUUCACUGUCCACGACUCCUGGAGGGACGGUCACACUCACCUGUGGCUCCAGUGCUGGGGCCGUCACCACCAGUAACUAUGCCAGCUGGGUCCAGCAGAAGCCCUCCCAGACGCCCAAGGCUCUAGUAGGUGGUACCAGCAGUCGCGUACCCGGGGUUCCGGCCAGGUUCUCCGGCAGCCUGCUUGGAAACAAGGCCGCCCUCACCAUCACGGGGGCCCAGCCCGAGGACGAGGCCGAGUACUACUGUGCUCUGUGGCACAGCAACUAUUUCCACAGUGACAGAUGCAGGCGGGGAACUGCACAGCCAGGCACCUCUGGAUCAGACAGCUACAAAGGGCAGCAGCAGAUCGUGGCCCACCAAAGCCCAACCAAGCAUUUUCUCAUCUACAGUUAG